UAAAUUUUGAAAAUACAUACCUAAUUGUUGUCAUAAAAAUAAACUUACGUACAUGAGUACAUAAGCUAAGUUUAGGUCUUGAUUUAAGUAAAAAUAUUAUUCCCUCUCACAAAAUCACUUAUUUCCCAUUUAAUGUCAAACCUUAUAACCGCUGUUGAAAGAAUUCGCAUUCGCGAAAGAACUACAAUCAGUCUAAACCGUGUUCAAAGUCCUAACCGUUGGUACUCUAAUUUGUCGCCCAAUUGUCUGAUUGCGUUUGCUUUUAUCAUCUUAGUCAUAUUAACGACGACAAGCGUGUAAUCUUCGUUAUUUUUCGCAUUUUACCGUUGUGCAGUGGAAUUCCUCUACCCUGACACCGCUGAAAUCCCCUUUCCAGGGCUGGUGGGCCUUACACCCGACAAUCAGCUAACAUGAAUGAAAUUUUACAAAAAAAAAAAGGCAGAAGCGAACCCAUUCGCGAGGCUGCGACUGCCGCUGAUGUGUGCUACUGCUUGCUGCAGGUGUUUGCGGGUGCACGAGCGUAAAGCGUGUACGGCGACCGCCGCUUGCUGGUACAUAUGCAGAAUACAAAGGCAUGCCUUUAAGCUUGCUUGUCUCUUGUCUGUCUGUCUCGGUCUGCGGGUGAAUGACCCGAAAGCAAAACAUUGUGCCAUACGAGAAGAAGAUGCAACAAUUGUGCGUUGGUUCGCUCAUUUGCUUGUCCGUCCAUUCCGUAUGUUCAUUCAUAUGUUCCUACCCUCACACUUAUUCGCUCGCUCGCGCGCGGACUUGUUCAUUCAUAUAUUUGAUUUUCAUUUACAUGCAUGCACUCAUAUAUAUUUACUAGUAGCGCACAUAAGUCUUGCGGUCGAGGCUGAGGUGUAGGAGUGUGUUGUGCUUAGUAGCAGCGCUUUGUUUCUGUCAAAACACUUUCGCCUGCUCGGCUGACUGACUGACGGGCAGACUAACUAACAGCGGCGGAGCGCAGUUUGGUUGGCUGGCUGGCUGUUUGUCGAAAUUGCAAACUUUUGGAAGUCGUGCGUUCCAUUAUUCGUUUCUUUGCUCGGUCGCGCAUUCGGCCCAUCAUCCAACGUCGGGCGUUUGGUCGAUGAGGGCGCACGACCGACUGAUGAUGGCGCUUCGAUUAGUUUGCACUGCUACCCGCAACUUGGUAUCGACCCAACACAGUUUGGACAUUUUCUAAGCUUAUUAAUUCCCUUCGGCAUUUUUCGUUUUGUUUUGUUCGUUUAUUUCAUGCUAGUUUUUGUUUUGCUUGCAUCCUUCGUUGUGCAAAUGAAAGAGGGGAAAGAAACCAGCAUGCGAUAAUCGCUGAUGUUUGCUACCAAGAAUAUAUUUUUUUUUUUACUUUUCUAACUCAAGCAAAGCAUUCCUCAUUAGAGCUGCUUAUAAAAUAACUUUCAUUAAUUUGUCUAUUUUUAAACAUUUAGUUUUUAUGGAAUAUAUUUUUUCAACUUACAUUUGAGAUGGCAAUCUUAUUUUCGAGUUUCAAAAUUUUCAUCUUUCAACAUGUCUUGAACUCCGAGGGGGAAAACUACAUUUGAAGAAUUUAUUCGCAAGGUGAAAUGGUGGGAAGUGAGAGGAGACUAGCUAUAUCCAUUCACGCUUUUACGGUGCCGUUAGAUCGAGUUUCAGUCUUUGCUUACACAUCAAAUCGUGCGCACUUUCAUCAUUAGUCGUAAUUUUGUUCGCUCACGUGGAGCAAUGGCACGGAUGUAGUGCGAGUGGGUUCGUAAUGUAAUUAGCUUCGAAAUGGCAUAACCUAUUGGGAACUGAUGAAAGACGAUUAAUUGCAGCGCAAGGUGUGUGGAAAAGAUAUCGAUGGCUUGCAAAGGGAAGAGAAGUGAAGAAAAAGAGUAAAGCUGAAAUGCGUAUGUACGAAGGAAUUCUUCAAAGGAUCCUCGUGAAAAAAUGUUCGACAAUUAUUAAAAUUUCGAACAGAGAUUUAAAGAUAUCAGAUGGAAAAGGACCUGAUUUCACUUUGGGUCUUCCAAUUGGCAUCGAGCUGUGAAAUGAAGUAACGACUGCUGUCAUAUUGCUGUCUCCCCUAUAAGCAUACAUUUGUCGCUUUUUACUCAAAGCCAUGGCGUUUGGCACUUAUUAAUUGAUUGAUCCAGUUUGACGUCGAAAGACCUACCUCCCUAUUCAUUGGUUUUUGCAAUCCAACACAAGAUUGAACGACGUAGGAGCCGCAGCUAAGAAAUGAAUGUUAACAACAAUCAAUCGGCCGAAGAAUCACAACAAAAUCCACCUCAGCACAGCAGACGUAUUAACUUCAACUCUAACGCCGCUCUGGCCCAUUCGCAGCCCAACAAUCAGAGUGCUGCUGAAGAAGACCAGGAGCAAACCGUCACCUCGACUUCGUGUGAUAGCCAUAACGUAAGCUCCACCGGUCAUUUGCCACGUCGUCUCGAGGCAUUGAUCACAUCUCCGGCGCGCAUAACGAGCUCCACCGGUAAUGACUGCAGCUCUUCACCGCAACGUGUAUUGUCCACGUCAUACAGCAGCAGCAGCAGUAGCGGCGGUAGCGGCAGACAAUCGACACAAAACCGCGGCGACAUAACAACAACGGAUGUCUCCAGCGAGGAUGACUCGCAAUCGCCACAACAAUCGACGCAAUCUUCAUUCGUUGGUCGAAACACACUGAAGCAGGGUGUCGGUGCGGUCCACGCUUUCGCACGAGCAGCAUCAUACUCCGCGCUGGACUCGGGAAUGCCGACGACCUCUUCUGCUGCAGCGGCGACACGUUCAGCAGGUGUUAGUAGAAGUGUGGAGACGGCGCAUAUGUCGUCGGUCUUACUUGCGAGCAGCAACAACAAAAUUAGUAUUAGUAAUAUAAGUAACGGAAGUUUGGAGCUGUCGAACGGCAGCAGAGGCGGCAACGAAACGAAUAUGGUUGCACGCGAACAGUCUGGCACAACAGUGGCCUCAACUGGUGGGGAUAAGGCCGGAGGAGGUCAUACGGUGAGUGGUAGUGUUGGACAAAGUCACAUAGUUUCCACCGAGCACAACACCGAGUCACACAAGAUCAUACUGAAAUUACCCAAACCGAAUGCGACGUGCGUCAAUGCACGCACUAGUGAAUCUCAAAGCAAUAUGGAAGCGUCGAUAGCCGACGAGAGCAAAGCGAGCCACAGUGGCGCCGAGACCACUCGCAAAGUAGAGCCUCUCAAAAUAAAUUUACACACACACAGCACCACCAAUGCGACCAUUGUGCCGAAGAUCACCAUUAAAACGAUUGUGAAGAAGCAUAACGAUAUACCCUCCUCGGAUUAUUCAUCCUCUGCCGAAGAUGAUGCGAGUACAGAGCCCAUCGGUACACGGGUUGGCAAUCAAAUACCGAAACUGACAAUAAAAACGUCAACGGUCGGUGGUGUGAGCGAUGAGCCACACAUUGUGCCCAAACUGACGAUACGUUCGGCCAACGAUAGCUCGGACAGCUCCGUUGUACCUAGAUUGACGAUCAAGAUGUCUGAUUCCCAAAGCAGCUGCUUAAAUCAAUUGUCGCCAUCCACUUCGACGGCGAAUAGUGGCGUCACAACAAAAUCUCUCGCGACGGACCACUCACCACCGCCCUUACCCAAACUCACCAUCAAAACUUCGUUGGAUGGCACAAGCGAGUCGAUAAUGUCGACUAUAUCGCCGGCGUCCUCCUCUUCCUCGUCCUCGAGCACAUCGUCAUCCGCCGGACUGCCAUCGUUAUCCUCCGUUACGGCGUCGUGUACGGUAUCGAAUGCCACCAACGCCUGUUCUGUGCCUAAGCUAACAAUUAAAGCUUUGCCUCCCAAGCAAGAUGAGCUUGUACCGAAGCUGACCAUCAAAACCAAUGCAGCCGGUGCCUGCGUAAGUACGACGGCGGCUACUGCAAUGUCUGAACCCCACGCUGAGGCCAAUGAAGCUGCUAGCAGCAGCAGCAAAAUACCUAAACUGACCAUUAAAACCGGACAGGAGCACGCAGUGAUCAUAACUCAACAUAACGACACCUCCAACUCACAGGUUAUACCAAAGCUGACGAUCAAAACAAAAUCACUGGACAUGGACGAGUCGUUGAGCGACCGGAGCGAAGAUCCGCCGCCGGAGAAGAUACCCAAGAUAACAAUAAAAACUCAUGAAACAGUCGCGGAGGCAGCGACGCCCAAAUUUUGUAUUAAAACGCUGCAGCAACAAACAGAAACCGAGCACACGCACUCCAUACCCAAAUUGACAAUAUCCAUGGCGAGCUUGGAGGGUAGCUCUGCGCCGCAAUCGCCAAAACAGUCGCCGCUGAUAGUGCGGCAGUUGUCGAGCGGCAUACGAAAACCCGAAUCGCCGGAGAGGCUACCUAAGUUGAUGAUAUCUCGGCAGGAUACAAAGAACAUAAACUGUGAUGUGUCUGUGGAGAAAGUCGUACCCAAGCUGACGAUUAAAACCAACAGUCAGGAUAGUGGCUGCGGUAAUGAGCGGGAGAAGGAAAAGAUUCCCAAGUUGACUAUUAAGUCAAUACCAAGCAAUGUAGAGCAGCAGUCCUCAGAAGAGAGUGACGAAUGUUUGAGCGGUGAGUCCUCACCUCCGCUUUCCGCAGCGGAAGAUGCUGACGCCGACAAAGUGGUGCCCAAGUUGACGAUUAAGAAUCUUUCAUCGCCAACAUUGCGUAUGAAAGCGGUGCUGGAAGAUAAAACAACACGCAAUGCGUCAAAAAAGUGUGGAAAAUCCAGCGACCCAAAAGGAGUCGCCACCGCCGCCGACACAAACGCUACAACCGUAUGCGACGCAACGCAGAGGGCGCUGGAUUUACAACAGAGCAUAGAGAGCAAAGCGCAUGAGCAGUUGGUGAACGGUGGCGAGUCGAGUAUCAGUCAAGAGUUCUGUGGCUUCAACAACGAGCACCAACACACAGCUCUUGCAUUGGAGGAUGAUAUACAAGAACCGCGCCGCAACUCUGACGACAUGGACAUCGAUGAAGGUCUGCAAAACCACGAUCCACAAGUAUUCAAUAAUAUUUUUCAUGUCAGUAAUGGUGAUUCGCUCCGUAUGGAGAAUGCCGACGAAGCGGAUCUAAUGCAACCGCCCCGACACAGCGAGGAUCUCACGAAUGUCGUCGAUACCGUUGAUCUGACGUCCUCGCCGUCGCCUGGCUCUUCGCCAGCCCAUUUCACCUAUACCGAUGCAGAUCCGCAAAUAAGUGAUGCCCAACAGCCGCCCCAGCCCACCAUACUAAUGGAGCGUCUACAACGGGAAAUGAGCGUCAUACAGACAGCGCCGCCGUUGGAUAACCGGCUUUUGUUAAACCAAUUGAACUCGACGCUGAACGCUAGCAAGUACGGCGCCCCGCCGCCACUGCAGCCAAAGCCACAACAGACCCAGCAACAACAGCGGAUGGAGCUGGAGUUACAUCCACAAAAGGCACAAAACCAUCAGCCGAUAAGUAACAGCAUCAAAUAUCCACAGUUAACAGAACGUCUUAAGGCCAACGGCGCGCGCGUGCAUCCAAAUGCGAACGUUAUGAACGCGGCCUGCAAUUCUAUUGCGGCCCUGAAUACCGCAACGGGGAGUGGUGUUAGUAUGCUAGCAAAUCAGUUGGCGCCACAACCGGAGAAGGUAAUAGAUUCCAUUGAGAUACUGGAUACGCCCGAGGGUAGUCCACGUCUAACGAUGGAUGAUGUCUCGGGAUUACAGGAGAAUCUGCACCUGAACAACGAAGAUGGCUUGAUGAACAAUACAGCGCGGGGUGGUGCUUACGGCGAAAAUAGUGCCGACAUCUUGAGAUGCAAUAAUAAUAUACCCGAGGAUUCGGCUGCGAGUACAGACGAGCUGAAUAACAUAAACUUGAAGAGACACGCUACCGUCUCCACUCUAAUGGUGGAAAACGAUGUGUCAGAGCAGUGUAUUGAGAUCACACCGAACAAGGUACGUCGAAUUGAUAGUGAAUCCCACACAAUGGCCACUUUGACUAUUUUAACCGAUGAUGAAUCGUCGAAUACGAAAUUGAUCACCACGUCACCCACUCUUUUCGGUGGCAAUCAUCAUGUUGUGGACAUAACUAACGAAGUUGUGUCCACGGAGAACUCCACUACUGUCACAAUGGACCUCACAUCUCCCAAAACCUCUAUUCAUCGUUCGCGAAAACAACGUCACGAACAUCUCUUGUCCAUACCACUGGACGAGGAGGACACUCUGCAAUAUCAAAUAAGUAAUGAGUUAACUGCCAACGAAUACAUAGACAAUGAGCAUGCAACUCUACUGAAUGCGGUGAACUCAGCUGUAACAGAGCAAUCAUCCACAGCAAACACGCCGCACCUUGUCAAACGUCGGGGUCGUCCGAAAAAGAGUGUUCUGAAUAAUAUUGUGACGCCCGUUUCCACUAGCGCAACAUUGACCGAAGCUUCCAACGCAGAGGAUACGGAUACCUUGGCCUCGGACGAAACAUCAAAGACACGUCGUGUGGAACUGUUACGCAAACGUCUCGCUAUAGAUAUGAUAGACGCCGAGCAGCCACUUGAGGAACAGGUAGUAGCAGACCUGGCGAAUGACUUAGAGGCUUCGAAAAACGAACGACCGUUGCGUACAGGUGCACGUAUUUCUCGGCGCAGCAUGUUACCAGGUGGCGCGGUCCCGGUAGCUGCGAAAACCAAAACGGCCGCAAAUAAUGGCGAGAUGCCCUUGAAAAGUCGUAAACGCACGAUGAAUGUCUUGGGUGCAACAACUGCAGCAACUGCCACGAUCACCACAAAUUCCCUGUCCGAAAACGUAAUGUCCGUCCUUAAUCACUGUGGUGGCUCAAAUUCUAGCCUCUCAUCUGCCUAUUCGAGCAGCUCGAUGAGCUCGGCCACUGUUACUACGGCACCCGUUGUCAAUCAACCAAGCCCCGCCGGCGUACUUACGUCCAUUUCGCUAGCAUCACAGAUUGACUUGUGCUCAUCCUCAUCCUCCGCGAGCAAUGGCAGCGCAACAGCCACUGUAACUAUAGCUGGUGGUGGUGGCAACAUGCCGACAGUUGCGAGUAGUGGCGCACUCAACGUGGUAGUACAAAAUCAGAGCAGCAGCUCGAUGUUGCCACCCGCAACCAUACUUUCCUCUUCCGAUCCAGUGCCGGAUGUGGUCUUCAGACCUAACGAUUUCUCAUCGCUUAUGGCGACACAACAGCUACGCGGAAUGCAGAGUAGCACUGCUGCUAGCCUCGAAACAGAUAUGUUGCGUAUGCAGGCAACGCUUAGCAGCGCCAAGUUUGAUGCGCACGAUGAUGAGUCCAGCAGCCUGGGUGGCGGCGCGUUUGGUAGAAAUACGGAUUUGUCUGGAGAUGACUCAAAUACAAGCUCAUUAUCCACACCCGUUAGUGGUCGUGGACGUGGCGGUCGGGGACGAGGACGCGGUUCUGGUCGUGGCAGUGGACGUGGUACACGCGCACAUCGUUUGGGACGUGGCGCCAGCGCUGUGGCUAAACAAAUUGCGCUCAGUCGGCCGCGUUGUGUGGGCGGUCUGAAGCAUACACCGGAUCCGGAACGUAUGAAAGGUCUCUUCAGUCCGUCCCCACAAGUAUUUGAAGAGGAUACACGCAUGAGCGCCGACUUGAGCCAAAUGCAGUCGGAUCCCGCAACGCCCAUAAGGCAACCCGAUUUCCUCGCCAAUGAUGAAUCGCAAUCAUCCGUGGUCAGCACAAAUAGCAUUUUGGAUCCCAAUACAGUGGCUGCAGUACAAAAUGGCAGCGCUAUUAAGCGGCCAAAGAAGAAGAAAAUGGAAGUCUGCGUUGCUGAAGAUGCUGAAAUCACCGUUUCCGCCAUUGCCGAGUAUGAUUGGCCACCGCCAAAGGGCUGUUGCCCCUCAAAGAAUCGCGAUACAUUCAUGAUACAAGAGCAGGUUGCGCUUUAUCUGGGUAUAAAGAGUUUUAAGCGAAAAUAUCCCGAUCUGCCGCGUCGACAAAUCGACAUGGAGGAGCGCAAUUGGUUGCAGGAAAAGGGCUUGGUGUCGGAACGUAUGUGCGACUUGGGCAUAACAGCUGUUUGGGCAUCCGAUAUAUUGGAUAUUAUGUAUACUGAUUUCUAUGGGAAGUAUGAGGAGUAUAAGGAUUUCAUACGCCAAAAGCACUUGCGGGAAAUCGAGGCAAAACAGAAAGCUUUAGGUCUCAACGUGUCUGGUCGUGGAUUGCAAGCGCGAGAACGUGCGCUACUGUCGGCCAGCAAAUGGAACUCAUACUUCAAUAGAACCCGCAAAGAAGAACGUUUGGCUUGUUUGGAUUUGCAGACGUUGACAAUGAACGUGCCAUUGCCUGCGACAGCGCCGACAACAACAAGCGUCAAUAGGCCUAUUGCCGAGGUAGUCGCGGCGGCAGCCAAAGCCGAGAAAAUACCUGAACCACCAACACUACUCCAGCCGCGACGAACCACGCCGCCGCGAGAUCUGAACACCAGCUACCCAGUGGCGCUAGUGCCGGGUCAAUAUAGUGCCCAAUAUCGACAGUACACACCAUUUGAGUUGAGUUGCUUGCCGCUCAAUACGGUGCUGCAGAAUCCACGGUUGUUGACUGAAUACCUGCAAAAGCCUGCUGAUGUCCCUGGAGUACUGGAUGACAAGUCGCUUAUCGAGCCUACCGGAGCAGCUGUUCUUGAGUCUAUACCAGUCAGCAGCGUGAAUUCUAACGCUCAGAAUCUACUGACGCGCAACAUUAUGCGCCGUAAUGUACGCUCACGCUAUGCUACGAAGGAAAAAGAUGACAGCGAAACCGAAUCGGCAAUGUCGACAUCCGAGAGUGAAAGUGAAAGCGAAACGGAUUCUGAUAGUGAUACGGAUAGCUCUAGUGAUGAGGGCUCCUCUGCAACGGACGAAGAGUUCGAUACACCUGCCACUUGCGGCGUUUGCCAGCGCAUACAGAAUCGCAAUUUGAAAAACCUGCCUGAAGUCUUCAUACGCUGUUACACCUGUCGGCGAAAAGUGCACCCAAGUUGCGUAGAAAUGCCUUCACGCAUGGUGACGCGCGUGCGCAACUACAAUUGGCAAUGUGUCGACUGCAAAUGCUGCAUCAAAUGCAAGGGCAAGCAGGAUCAGAAUAAAAUGCUCUACUGUGAGCAGUGCGAUCGAGGCUUUCAUAUUUACUGCUUGGACGUUAAAGCCGUGCCAGAUGGUCGUUGGAGCUGUGAUCGCUGCAGCAUUUGUAUGCGGUGUGGCGCCACCAAACCCGAGGGUUUACCACAAACGAAUAUGAUAUCGCCCAAUGGUGAGAAAAUCAAACCGAUCAAACAUAAGAAAGUAAAAUGGAUAAACGAGUAUCGAAUAGAUCACAUAACUAAGCUGCGCGAGCACUGUUCGAUGUUGUGCGUACCGUGCGGACGGGCUAAGAAUGUGAAACGCGUGCAAAUUGCAAGUCCCGCGGCAACGGUCAGUGCGGCACCGCACACAGCCUUAGCGCCUGUAUCUGCACAACAAAAGCAACAAACGAAAACACUAGCACAAGCUCAGUCAGCGAAUGCAACAACGACAACAUCAGCCAAUGAUCAAACAGCGCCGCAUGUGACUGGCAAAGGUGGUGCAGCAGCCGCCAAAGCAAACUCAGUAACGAAUAAGGCAAGCGCAACCGGCACGCUGGCACCGCCGCCGCCGCCACCGCCCGUUGUUGCCUGAGUGGGGGUGAUACGUUACUGCCCCAAGCGUAGUAGCCACAACGAGGAUGUGUUGUAGUAGCAGUAAAAUGCGACGUUGGAAUUGUAGAGUAGAACUGAUGCGAAUUUGAAGCUGCUUUUCGCCGGUCGCAUUUUGUCGCACUGUUGCGCCACUCGCUAGUUCAAAGCAGAAAUUAAUAUUUUAACUUUAGUUUAAAGAAAUGCGUUUUCCAGCGCAUAUUAUUGAAGAAUUGAUGACAAACUUAACGCCUUUACAUUAUACAUAAAUAUUUAAUAAAUUACAUACUUCUACCAGCAUUUAGGUUACAACAAAAUUUAAUUUACAUAUAAUUUUUUUAAAACUAAGUUUAAGUGUCUAGUUUCGUUUAAUAUUUAAUUGUAAGCUAAAUUUAUCAGAAAAUACAAAAAAAACUCGAUUCAACUAUGCUAAAAAGAAAGUUUAAGCUUAAAAGAAGUGUGUUAAUUUAACAAGAUGUAUUAUAGUGCAAAAAAGAAAAUUAGAUAUACAUAUAUAUAUAAAUAAACAAACAAUUUAAAAAUGAUGUAAUUAAAGUAUAAAUAAAGGUAAAAGUAAAUGUUUACGUAUGUACAUUUCAAUGAGUGAAAAAGCAGAAUAAACUAAAACUAAAGCUAUACUACUAUACUAUAUGAUAAGCAGAAAAGUAAGAUUUGCUGCAUGCAAACACAAUCAUGUCUUUAUAUAUAAGAAAUAAUGUCAAAUAAUGCACAUAAAUAAAAAAAUUCAAUAAAAUUUCAUUUAUUAAAUA